AGAAAACAUAACAUUAAAAGACAACAGACAAACAUCGGACAUUUCGGAAGACAGACUAAAAAACUUACAAAACGAAAUCAUAAAGGCGAUAAAACACAAAACAGAUGACAAAGGACCACAACCGACAAAGACAAGCCAAAUAAACUUAAAUACGCCACCUACACACAUUACAAGCACAGACUUCCCUCACCUCGGACAAAGGACAUACAACCAAUUGACAAAAAACAACCACAACAGAAAACACACAAGAAAAAAAACCUUGGAUACCCCCAGAACAAAUAAAGAAAUAUGACACUGUAAUUAAAAUAAAAGAGGGAGAAACGGGAAAUAUGUUAACCGAACUCAAAAAAGUCAUAAAACCGAAAGACAUGGAAGGCACGCAAAUUAGACAUACAAGAAUGGCUAUAGUACUAACCUCACAAACUAAGGAAAAACAAAACGAAAUAUUAAGACGGACACAACACUCAACAACACUAGACAUAAAGGACGGUACCAGACAAAACGAACCGACAGCAAUACUUACGGGACUACGCAAGGAAAUGAUAAUGGACGAACUGACAGACGCAUUAAAAAUGGAAAACGACGACCUUAACGAAACUUUCGGGGACAGACUCAAACUACUUACAGUCGUAUCGACCCGGCCUUGCCGUAACCCUUACAAAGAGAACGUUUACAUACGGGGACCAACGGACAUUAUUAAACACCUUUUAAAAUCAGGGAAAGUCUACGUAGACUUCCAGACUAUAUUCAUAAAUGAGGCUACGCAAAUCGCACUUUAUUUUAGAUGCUGUCGAUACGGACAUGUAUCUAAAUACUGUAGAGAGACGACACCGACAUGUUACCGGUAUGGAGAUGGACAUGACGGAAAUACCUGUAACAAAGACAUUUAUAAUUGUAUCAACUGCGAGAGACUAAGACUGACACCACGCGGACACCAAGCUAGAGACGCUAAUUGCCCUAUAUACAACAAGAAAAUGGACGAGGCUCGGGCUCAGACAUCUUACAAAUAGACAGACAAACAACCCACAAACAAACUAACAAAUCAAAACAAGACUUAAACAAACACACAAACACAACACAACAAACAAACACAAAACCCGAUUGACAAAUACAAAAGAGUAUCAAGCUUAUAUAAUUCAAUAUGGGACGGGGAAUUCAGGCAGCCGACCAAUUACUGAAAAAAAUGUGCACUGAGCAAAUCGACAUAGGCUUAAUACAAGAACCCGCACAUACAUUAAACGGAUAACACAUAUACAAUAUAAUCAACAAAGACAGUAAAGCACCCAUACUCAUACACAACAGAUGGACAAACAAAACAAUCACACACAAAGACAUGACAGACUC